AUGUAUGAUAAUCUUAUAUUCUUUUCUGCACUUAAAAAACUUCAUAAACUUUGUCAACUACAAAUAGGAGGAUUUGCUUAUUAUAAUCUUCUUUAUAGUAGUCAAUAUUAUCUACAAGCCUUAAUUAGAUAUUUGGCUAACUCUUUAAAAAUUCUUAGCUUACUUGAUAUUUAUGAUUAUCAUUAUAAAAACUUGAAUUGUUUUUUACAAGAUUUUGACAUAGAAAGGGUGAAAUUAGAAGUGUUUAUAUUACCUUUUAAUGUUGAGCUUGAUCUACUUUCAAAUUUAAGAAAAUUUAUUGAAAAAGCUAAAUAUUUAAGAUAUAUAGAAAUAGUAAGAUCAGAAAAUUACAAUGUAGAAAAACAGAAAAGCAGUAAGAGAGAAAUAAUUAAUCUUUAUCAAUUAGAGAGAUAUAAAGAUUAUUUUUGUGCUUAUGAGAUAGAAUUUGAAUCCUACAUAGGAACUAAAGAAUAA